CAACCCGGUCACACUGCAGAGCGCCCAAGCUUAAGAAUUCGGUCCGGAAACCCGAAAGAUGCAACGAUCCCGCGCCAGCAGCAUCAGCAGUGGCCAGCCGGCUCCCCCGGUCUCGGGACUGCCCCAACCGCAGGCCCAACCACUGGAGGCGCCCAAGAUCAUCGUAAUCCAUCCGGGGUCACAGCACCUGCGGAUCGGGCGGGCGGCGGACCUCAAUCCACUCACACUGCUCCACGCCGUGGCCUACAGGCGACGGCAGGUGGACGGCGACUGGCCGCACCACGACGCACUCCUGCCGCCACUGGACAACAUCAAUCCCGCCCAACUGCAGGUGGAGUUCGAGGAGCAGCGCUUGGCGGUGUCACGCAUCUUGCAGCACUGCGUCGUCGACGAGAAGAACCGCCUGCGCGUGGCCACCCCGCCACAGCAGCUGGCCCAUUUUAACCGGAGCAGCCAGGCCGAGAAGGUGCCGCCGCCAAGUGCGCAGCAGGCAGACGACCAGCAGCCCUGGCUGGAUCGCGAGGCGCCCGUCCUGUUCGACGACCGAAUCUUGCGGCUCAGCGCCUUCGAUGCUCGCGACUACGACAUCCAUUUCCCCAUCCAACGGGGUGAGCUCAAUGUGCACAGGGAGAAGGGCGGCUCGUUGCAGGCCAGCUUACAGCACUUGGAGCGCAUCUGGUCGUACGCCCUGGAGGCACGCCUGAAGAUCCCGCUGCGGGAUUUGGGCACCCACUGCGCUGUUCUGGUGGUCAACGACGUGUACGUACGACGGCACUUGCGUGAGUUCAUGACUCUGCUGCUGCAACGCUUGGGCUUCCGGCGGUGUUUUCUCGUCCAGGACAGCGUGGCUUCCACCUAUGGCGCCGGCAUCGGCUACGGCUGUGUGGUGGACAUUGGCGCCCAGAAGACCUCCAUCGCCUGCAUCGAAGACGGCAUUUCCCAGCUAGAUGCCCGGGUGAGGCUGCCUUACGGCGGCGGUGACCUCGACCAGGUGCUCCUCAUGCUGCUGCGCAAGUGCGGUUUCCCCUAUCGGGAGUGCAACGUCCAGGACAGCUAUGUGGACGCCCAUCUGCUGGACGAGCUCAAGGAGAGGUUCUGCCACCUGAACGCCAGCGUGUGUGGCGCGCAGGAGAAGCACUUCACCCUGCGCAAGCAGAACGGCCAGUGGUUACGCUACACCAUCCAGGUGGGCGACGAGGCCAUCAUGGCACCCCUUGCCCUUUUCCACACAGAGCUGCUUAACAUUACGGGCCGGACGAGAGCGGUGUGCACGCAGCAGACGGCGCAGGAGCAGUACGACUGCGAGGACUGCUUCGAUGGCGAGUACCUGAAGGAGACGGGUCGGAAGAACGGCGUCCGAGGCGGCGACGCCUUGAGCCUGGUCGCCGGUCCGGGCUCCCAGCCACGCCCCCAGCUGCCGGUGACCGCGGACGACGACGAGCUCAUCGUGGUGGACCAGGACGAUGCUAACACCAACUGCCAGCCGCAGCAGAACCUGCAAACGGCUGGCGGGCAGCCGAACUCGAACGAUUGUUACCACAACGGACAGGGCCAGGUCCUUCCGUUGGACCAGGCCGUAAUCGGAGCCAUCAACCGGCUGUCUAACUACGAAACCAGGCGCAAGAUGUUCGGCUCCAUCCUGCUCGUGGGGAGCAGCGCCAAGCUGCCGGGACUGGCCGCCUGGCUGGAGCACCGGAUCAGCCAGCAGCUGCAGCCCACCGACACCGAGGUGAACGUCUUCACCAAGGGCAUGGAUGCGGGCAUGGUGGCGUGGAAGGGCGCGGCCAUCAUGUCCGUGCUGGAGAGCGCCCGCGAGCUGUGGAUCUCGCAGCACGACUGGCAGCGCCACGGACUCCGGAUUCUCCGCGAGAGAUCACCCUUUCUCUGGUGAUAUUCCCCUUACCCGCCUCACUGCAUUUCGAAUAUGUUUAAGGACUUUGUAAAUGUUAGCUGUAGCACGUAGCGGAGAGUACAAGAUAUUUUAGAUCAGCAAUAGGUUAAAGUGCCGACCAAAGCAUUAGCGUACGAUAAAACUGGAGUCAACACUUAAGAUCGCAUCAUUAAAACAUUAUACGUUUAUUUAAGGCACGUUUCAAAGACGCAAAAUAAAAACAAACAUCUAA